CGUCGGCCUCUGAGAGCGAUGCGACGCCGGAGAAGCGGCCCCGUGCGGAGGAGAAAGAUGGAGGAGGAGGAGAGGAGGCCCGCGGGACGCCCAAGCAGAAGAACCGCCGACGCUGCUACCGCUGCCAAACCAAACUAGAGCUGGUGCAGCAGGAACUGGGAUCCUGUCGCUGCGGCUAUGUGUUCUGUAUGCUGCACCGCCUCCCCGAGCAGCACGACUGUCUGUUCGACCAUCUGGGCCGCGGGCGAGAGGAGGCCGUGCUCAAGAUGGUGAAGCUGGACCGCAAGGUGGGGCGAUCGUGCCAACGCAUCGGAGAGGAGUGCUCCUAACAACCAGCCGCCAUGAAGAGGAGGAGGAAGCGCUUAGGAAGAGAGGAAGAGGAGGAGGAAGAGGACGAAUGGAGAUAAGGGUGGGGGAUGGAAGAGGAAGAAUAAGGGAGGAGGAGGAGGUUGUAACAUCUUGUGUGUGAACUCGAUAUUCUGUUGUUGUCCUGGUUUCCUGCGAGGAGUGUGUUUUGGACUCCUUUCUCGACCAAUGGGAGGAAAAUAGGGGUGCGUUCCAAAUGUUCACACACACGGCCUUAACACAUCCGGUUACAUUAUGCACGCCUCGCCACCGUUUCCUCCUUUUCAUUUUUUUCCCAGGACAGGAAGAUACGGAAAGUUGUAGCUGGAUUUUUAAUUGUUUUGGUCGCCGUGGAGCUCUAUCCCACGAGUACCCCUCAGGUCGUUAUAAAAAAGGGGGUCGGAGGAUCAAACCCCGCCUUCCUCUUCCUCCUCCUCCUCCUCUUCCUCCUCUCUUCCCCCAACAUUACGGCCCAUGCGCAGCGCCACUAACUGCUGGUGCAUGGUGCCGGCGACAGUGUGUGUGAGUGUGUGUUAAAGUGACGCAGUCCAAGGAGGCUGUCAUGGUUUGAUUUUUUUUUUUUUUUCCCGCUCUGUUUUUCCUGCCGUCGUGGAGGACGAUACAGCCGGUCCCUGCCUCUGCUCACAUGGAUUGUCGAUAAAUAUAAAUAAUAAUAAUAAGAAGAAGAACCACACUAAUGGACAAGGAUGAAUCCUCGGUGUAGCAGAUCUUCCUCUCCUCCCCUUCCUUUUUUUUUCGGGGGAAUCGGCUGAAUUUUUUUGUAUUAAAAACUAAGAGUUCUUCUCCAAGACGCCACGUGUUCAUUUAAGAAAACGACGUUCAUCCCGAGUGUCUCUGGGGUUUUGGACGAUCAGUUAAGAGUGCUAAACCGAAUGCCCCUGAAAUUGUUCUAUAAUUUAUUUCUUGUUUUCUGGGCGCCAUUUAAUUUUUAGGGGGGAAAAAUGAUUCUUAAAAAAAAAAAAUGUUAUAAUUUCCUUUUGAACUUGAUUUCAUCGUCCCUCCCAGAGGUGUCUUUUCUGCUUGUGAGCGCUCACCAAAUCGAGUUUAAAUCAGUGAUGUCAUAUUGAUACACUUUUGUUUUAGGCUAAUAAAAUGAACCCAAAGCCGAUUAAAUGGGAGAUGUUUUGCACUUAAAGUUAAAAUAAAGAGUUUGACUCUUAAAUCUCCACUUAAGUAACGGAAUCAACCAUUUGUUUGGUUAUUUUCAGUUAAGUUUUCCUAUUGAUUAAUUAAUGAACCUUAUUCAGGUCUAAAAUGAACCGUUACAGCAGUCCCCGGUAUAUUUAGAUUUUGUCGGACGCUGUCGAGGUUGUUCAUCUGACAUCACAGAUUCAAACCAGUAAUGAUGCCCAAAGUAAAUUCUUAUAUUGAUUGGUUUUCCAUUUGUUCAUUCAUAUUUGACCACUGUGUUCCCGCUCUUAAUCAGCCUGCAGUCUGAGUGUUGGACUUUGUGCUGUGCAUAUUGUUCACUUCCACACCUCUCGUCCUAAGGGCCUCUCCACCUAAAUCAACUUUUUGUUUGUUCGUAACAGAACUUGUUUCCUUCUUCAAAUGUACAUCUUAAGCUUGGCAUUUAGCGCACAUUGUAGAUGCAUUCAAACGCAGGUACGGAAUAUCCUUAAAUGCAAGUUGACGUUGCAUUGUGUACUUUAGGUUUCUCAAGGCGGUAGAUGUCCUUGAAUGCAUCCUUUUUUGAUUUUUGCAAAUUAACUUAAGGAAAAGUUGACUCAGGUGGAAAGCCCUUAAAACCAGACACCACUUAACUUAACUAUGCUAAUCCUCAUGCACACUUUAUUGUUCCUCCGCACCUUUUUUCCCAUGAGAACGCAGCGAGAGAUAAAGGGAGACCGGAGAAAUGUCGCGGCUCGUUCUUCUUUUGAUAUUGUUUUGAGGGCUAAUGAGAAAUGGAAGAAAUGGAAUAUCUUUCUUUACCUUUUUUAGAGACAAAUUAUUUAACCUUAUAUCAGUUUGAGUUACUUACACCCUAGCAUAGAGUGGCAUAUUUAGUUAAAUGUAUAAAAAAAAAGACCAUAAUUCUGUCCUUUUUCUCCUUUUUAAUUUUAUCGUGUUCCAUUUUCUGCUAAGGAAAAUAAACUGGAUUAGAGCAUGUGGUGUGUGUGUGUGCGUGUGUGUGUGUGCGUGUGUGUGUGUGUGUGUGUUAAUCUGUGUUUCUUUUCUCCAUAUUGACAUUUGUUUGAUGAAAUAAACCAUAAGCAGAAUAUCCAUCAGAGUUCAUUAUUAAUAUCUUUAAAUGUAAAGUUUUUUCCUGCAAUAAUUUUGUUAGACU